AUGGACCCAAGAGGUCUCACGUUGCGGAAGAAGCGCAAGGACCGCCCGACUAUCAGUGCACCUCAGAAUGCCUCUGGCCCUGGCAUAGGCAGGCCAGGUCUCCCCUCGCAGAACAAGGCCGGCAAUACCCUGACUGUACCAAAAGACCGCAAUGCCCCAACCGAGACAUCGGACCUCGUCAAACGACGAUAUUCAACAAGAUACAAUCAACUUCCUGACUUCAGCAACCUCGGAGCUCCCGCUGUUCCUGCCCUACCAGGUGCUGGCACCCUUAAGCGUCGCUCUGGGGGUGGUUCUCCGCGUCGGCCAGGAGCUGGACCGACCUCACGUCCACUUGUCGUCGACAACGAUGUCCUCCGAGACCCGAACCUUCAACACGAACGCUAUGUCACCGACCUCCUCGCCAAUGCCUCCGAACAAGAUAUUCAAGAAUACCAGAACAAUCUGCAGCGGCUCAAGGAUCGCAACUCUCAUGAGCUGCAGCAGAGCGUCUAUCAGAACAGAACACAGUUUAUCAAGAUCAGCAAAGAGGCGGAGAAGUUAAAGGCCGAGAUGGCCAUUCUACAAGGCCUCAUGUCCGAGCUGACUGGAACCCUGGGACCGGGAAAUGCAGCAUCCGCAAGCACUCCCCUGUCACCCGAGCUCAAUGGCAACACUCUGUCCCGAAGAAAUACAAACAGGACGUCGGUCGCGAAUUUGGAGCACAUGUGGAACAUCCAGCUACAAACGCUGUGGAAGAAUAUCGAGAAAUCUCAAAAGUUCUUGCCCGCUGUACCUGGCCGCCAUAUCGUCGCAGAGACGAGCACAUGGAUUGAGCUAGACUCGGCCACCUGGAAACCAAAACGGCCGGUUCAUAUUGUGCUUUUGAACGACCAUGUUCUCGUGGCCUCGAAGAAGCGCAAGCGGGUCGACCCUAACGCACCUCAACAGGGUCCCGCCCCGACCAAAUUGGUUGCCGAGGAAUGCUGGCCGCUCCAAGACAUUGAAAUCAUCGACAUGGCGGCCAGUGUGGCGAAUGGCGGGACCACAACACCAGCUGAGGAAAAGGCCAUUGCCUCUGCACUGACAAUCAGAUCAGGUGGACGGUCGCUCACAUACCGACACGAGAAACGGGAUGAAAAGGCCAAAAAUGGUCUUUUGAUGGCACUCAGAAAGGCAACCGAGGACGUUCGAAAAGCUGCCAAAACGCAGGAAGAGCAAAGCAAUCCACUUCAAACCGAAAGCCUCAACUACUUUGCCGCCCGCGAUCCAGCGUCGGCCAAAAACACCGAAAUCAUUGAAAGCCUCAACUCCUCCAAGGAGAAGCCCGACAUCCUCAUCGAAGUUGAUGGGCGGCAACAGAAUUUCCGCUGGGUUGAGGGACAAAUAGACGACUUGGACAUUGAAAUAUCACUGCAGCGUUUCGACGAAGCCGUCGCAAAGGUGGAAAAACUCCGCAAGAUCGCCAAGAGCUUGAAGGGCAAUUCGAUUGCCCAAGAGCUCAUCAGCGUCAAGGUUGAUGAGCGCGCCGGCAAGCUCGCGACGGUGCUCGGUCGAGAACUCGUCGAGACCCCAUCUUUCAUGGAGGCCACGAAACGUAAAGCCAGCUAUCUCAUCCGACUCGGGUUUGAGGAUCGCGCAAGAGAAGCCUACCUCAACGCCCGGAGCGAAACACUCAUCAAACGAGCCCGGCAAUGCGUCUUCGAAGGUGAUCUGCAUCGCUAUGUUUUCUCCAUCUCUUACGUUUACUUCACCAUUGUCAAGAACACCGUGCUUAUAUACCAAGCUGCCUUCUCACCAUUGACCAUCAGCGCUUGUGUCAAAUGGGCCGACAUGCAUUUGGAGACGUUCAACACGCUGCUAGUGAGGCAGCUGAGUGCAAUCGAGAAGCAAGGCAAGUUGUGGAGGGAAUGUAUGGAUGUGGUGUGGCAGCAUGAGAGGGAGAUGUUAGGGGACUCGGGUCUAGAUUUCAGGGAGGUUAUCGGCCGAGACCUCGAGGUCAGGGAUCUUCCGAGUACUGUAAAAUCGGGGACAAAUCCUGGAGCUUCGGCGGCGAGUAGGGACGAGGGCCGAUCAAAGUCACGAACAAGGGGUGGUGCGUGA